CGCCACCAUAUUUUUUCGCUUUGGGCUUCUCAGUUUUCACUCCGCUUUUCCUCUCCUUUCUUUUCUCUCCGUAUCUCUGUCUCGAUCUCUAUCUCUGUGUGCGUGUUGGUGUGGAAGAUGGGAGAGAACGAGUGGAUUACAGAUGCUAUGACGGACGAUUGGCUGGUGGUGGAAGUGCUGAUGCGGCUCCGCCAGCCGGAAGAACAUGCGUCGCUGCCGACAAAGAGAUUGGUGUCUGUGUUGCCUGAGUGGGGAUUGAGACAACCACGGUCGAGGCAGAUUCUGCGAUGCAGUAGCGUUCAGGUGAAGAAGGAUGGGGAGUCAAGGAGAGCCAGCCCGACGACGCCUCUCUCUUGGAGUGGUGGUACGUCUUUUAGCGGUAGCGGUGCUGUCGAUGGUUACGAAGAGUGCAGCCAUCCUGUCAAGGGCUCAAGCGGCGUUAGAUCUAAGGUUAUUUCUACGAGUGUAACUGCCGGAAGAAGGUCAAGGAAAAAGAAGACAUUUGCGGAACUUAAGGAGGAAGAAAGUUUGUUGCUGAAGGAAAGUAUAAAUUUGAAGAAGGAGCUAGAGACACUCAGGGCCGACUUUGAGGAACAGAGGGCCAAAAAUGAGACCUUUAAGAGAAUGAAGCUUGAUUUGCAGCUCCAAUCAGGAAAAGAUGCAGCCACCUCUGUUGACUUGAUGGAUGCAGCAGAUUGUGAAGUACCUGAUCAGACAGAGGCUAAUUCGGUGGAUUACUCCCAUUUGAACUUUCCGAAACAUGACGAGUGUGAUGAACGUGACGCUGUAGCAUGCCCAUCUUCCGAUUCUGAUUCUCGCAGGAUAGAAGAGAAGGAUGCUUCUGCCCUUAUGGCCAAUAAUUUUUUUGUGUUACCCGAUCUUAACCUGCCUUUGGAAGAAGACUCAAACUCUGAGUUAUUAUAUGGAUUAAGCUGAGGAAGAGAAGUUUUUUUAUGGAUCUUCUCCAGCUCUGCUUUUGCAAUUAAAGCUGGUGCAUUUGAUAAGGCGGCUCAAUAUCAGUAAUUGCUACUUCGCUCAGUAAAAGAUGAUGGUUUAACCAUAUUGGGCGAGCAUAACUGUACAUAUAAAGAGUCGUCAUGGAGAAGGUACUGAGGGUAGUGUAGAGACCCUAACGAUUAGUUUAUAGAUAGAUAGAUUCUUUUCUUUUUUUCCAUUCAGGUUUCUACAUUCGUCCACAAUUCUUUGGGGCUAACCCUCAUUACUUCCCUUUUUUCUGUCUCCUUUUCUCGGAAUAUUUUACAGAUAAAAGUGUAAUUAAUAGUGGAGGAUCAGAUCUUGAGUAUCUGUUUAUGGGAACACUUGGAAUCCAGUUUGGCAAUUUUGUUCUUCACUUUCUAGUUUUCU